CGAGAGGAAGACAACAACUCCAGGAACUGAAAUCAACAGCAACCUUUCCCUCCCUCCCCCCCAACCAACAAGCAAGCAAAGGAGCCGUCAGCCAACCCACGCUUAGGGCAGGAGCGCACGCCGGAUCUCCCGGCUGGAACCCAUUGAAAUUGACCGGGCUGUGUGAAAUUGACCAGGCUGUGUGAAAUUGACCAGGCGCGCCAUGGCUCUGCGUCAAUUCCAGCUUUGCGCGCAGGAGAGCCGGCUUUGGGGGCGGAAGGCGCUGCUCUUGGGGUGCGCGCUCUGGGUCUUGCUGGGCCCCCCGAGAUGCGCGGCUUUCAACCUGGACACGAAAUUCGUGGUGCUGAAGAGAGGUCGGACGCCGGACAGCUUCUUUGGAUUGUCGGUGGCUUUGCACAAGCGGACGAACCCCCCGGAAUAUCUGUUGCUGGCUGGAGCUCCCCGUGACGUGGCUGAGGAGCGUCCAAACGCCACGCGGACGGGCGCCAUGUAUGCUUGCCCACUGACGGCUUCCACCGACGACUGCGAACGGGUGAACAUCAAGGUUUCAAGUGAACCCAACAGUAAUAUUGUCGAAGACAUGUGGCUGGGAGUGACAAUAGCAAGCCAGAGAACCAGUUCUGGAAGAGUCAUGGCCUGCGCUCACCGUUACACCAGGGUCUUGUGGGCUGGCAACGAGGACCAGCGGCGCAUGGUGGGGAAGUGCUACGUCCGUGGCAACGACUUGAGCCUCCAGAAGGAAGAUGACUGGCAGACGUACCACAAUGAGAUGUGCAACGCCAACACUGAUUUUGAGAACACAGGCAUGUGCCAGAUGGGCAUCAGUGGCGGUUUCACCGACAGCAACGUUUACUUUGGAGCUCCCGGCGCUUACAACUGGCAAGGCACUGACUAUAUUAUCCAUCGAGAGAGCUGGGACCAAGCUGACAUCAACUAUCCCGACGAGAAGUACGGCAACAGUUAUAUAGGAUACACCAUAGAGGCAGGUACUAAUGUCUUGCGCAACGCUGACGUCACCUUCAUCACAGGGGCCCCCCGUUACAACCACACCGGGGCUGUCUUCCUGAUGGUCUACGAUGCCAGCAGGAUCCUCGAGAAGAAGCUGAUGCUCUCUGGAGAGCAAGUGGGCUCCUAUUUUGGUAGCUCCAUUGCUCUAGCUGACCUCAACAACGAUGGGUGGCAAGACUUGAUUGUUGGGGCACCCUACUACUUCGACCGGAAAGAGGAGAAAGGCGGGGCGGUCUAUGUGUACAUGAACCUGGGUGGGACGUUCCACCAUGCCCCCAACCACACCAUGACAGGCCCAAGCAAUUCUUCAUUCGGCUUGUCUGUGGCCCACAUCGGAGAUGUUGACCAAGAUGAUUUCCAAGAUAUCGCCAUUGGAGCUCCAUUUGAGGGCUGGGGGAAAGUGUACAUCUACCAGAGCAGCAGCGAGAAGCCCUUUGAAAAGCCCCAGCAGAUCAUCAGUGGGGAAGAUAUUGGUCCCGGUAUCAGCACUUUUGGCUAUUCCUUCAGCGGUGGAAUGGAUGUGGAUGGGAAUUCCUACCCUGAUCUCCUGGUGGGAAGUCUGUCGGAAAACCUUGUGCUGCUCAGGGCCCGGCCGGUGAUCAACAUCGUCAGCAAGGAUUUCACGGUCACCCCAAGCCCCUUGGACCCAGCCAGAUGUGACGAGGACUCUUGCAUCAAGAUUCAGGUAUGCUUCGCCUAUUCCCAUAGUGCUGGGGAUCCCACUUACAGAGAGAACAUUGAGCUGAAUUACAUAGUGGAAGCUGAUCGGGACCGCCGGCCCCCUCGAGUGUACUUUGCCGGCACAAACUCUGCUGUCUAUCGAGGGAGAUUUUCCAUGCCGAACAGGAAAUGCCAAAUUCUGAAGGUCCUCCUACGGGAUGACAACCGAGAUAAGCUGAACCCCAUUGCGUUCUCCAUGAACUACUCUCUAGCUGAAAAACCCAUGACUUUUCAGCUGGGUCUUCGCUCCCUUGACAAGUUUCCUGUCUUGAAUGAGGAUCAACGCCGGGAAGAGCAUACUGAGAUCCAGUUCCAGAAGGAAUGUGGGAUCGACAGCGUCUGCAAUAGCAACCUGCAAAUCCAGGCUGUCUUUGUGAAUGAGCAGAACCAGAUGUUGCCCAGGCGGCAUGGCACUCAGGUGUUGCAGUACAGCCGGGAAGUCAAGAAACUGCACUUGAACGUCACCGUCACCAAUUUCCCAUCAACGCCCACCAACGGGGAAGAUGCUCACGAGGCCCUUCUGAACAUCACUGUUCCACCUUCUUUGCUACCAUCCUCUGUCCGGCCGAGCGGGGCAUGCACAUUUGAGAAGACAGUCCUAUGUGAACUGGGUAAUCCCUUUAAGAAGAACCAGCGGGCAGAGCUGAUCAUCACAUUUGAAGUUAUCAGAAUUACACUGAACACCCCGGAGGUCGCUGUUGAGCUGGAGGCCACCACGAUAAGCAACCAAUCAGAUCUGAUGCCGGUGCAGGCAGUCUUGAUGGUGGACUAUACCGUCGAAGCAACCCUGACGAUAGUCAAUCGGUGGCUCCAGUCGUAUUUUAGUGGGACAGUCAUGGGUGAGUCGGCCAUGAAGAGUGAAACUGACGUGGGCAGCCCCAUUGAAUUUGACUUCCAGGUGACCACAAAGGGCGAAUCUUUGGGUUCCUUGGGAACCAUCACUUUAGGCUUUGAAUGGCCUUAUGAAGCCAGCAAUGGUAAAUGGCUACUGUACCCUACAGAGAUCUUGGUAAAAGGGAACGAGAUCCGGCAUUGUGAACCGCCCGGGCAUGUUAUCAACUACCUCAACCUCACACUACUGGAUGGUGGCAGCGCGCGUCGGAAGCGAGAGCUGGAGGCAUCUCCAAAACCUGAACUUCCUAUCACCUUGGCAGCUUCAAAGAAAGCCAAAUCGGAAACGUUUCUGAGCUGCUCCAAAGGGACAUCUCGCUGCAUCUGGUUUGAGUGCCCCCUGCCGGACAUCAGAGCCUUGGCAAACGUGGUUGUCCGAGCACGGGUCUGGAACAGCACAUUCAUUGAGGAUUACAACAACUUUGACCGUGUGAAGGUGGACGGGCAAGCCACCCUGUUUCUCAGGACAAACACUUCCACCGUCAACAUGAGAAACCACACUGUGUGGUUCUCCGUGAACAUUGAUUCUGAGCUGAGCGAAGAGCAGCCGGCUGAGCUUGAGCUGUGGCUGGUGCUGCUUUCCAUUGCAGCCGGCCUUCUGCUCUUAGGGAUCAUUGUCAUAGUGCUGUGGAAGUGCAACUUUUUCAAGCGAACCCGCUACUACCGAAUCCUACCCAAGUACCAUGCCGUCCGGAUCCGGCAGGAGGAUCGCUACCAGCCCGCCGACGGAUUCCUGCCCGCGAAGCACAAGAAGCAAUGGGUAACAAGCUGGCAGGAGCCAGGAAGAUACUACUGACGCUUGCUCGCCUCCCCGUUCUUUGCCGUUCCUCUCCACUCCCAAGGACUGCGUCAUUUGUCUUCUGUAUAUAGUGCUGGACCAACAAAAGAACUGUUAUUUAAGCCUAAAUUAUGUGAUCCAAGCUGGGGGUACCUCAAAUCCUUUCUGAAACUCUGGCCGGGGGGGGGGGGGGGGCUUAGUAGGAGAUCUUCACUUGACGCCAAAGUUGUGGGGGACUUGGGAGUCACCAAUGGGAAACCUUUCUUUUCUGUGUGUGCUGAUGGAUUUUCUGCCCCCCCCCCCCCAACCACCCAGGGUCCUAGGAAUUGAAUUCCUACCAGGAGAUAGCUUUGAAACCAACUUACCUUGACACUGGAUACAUGCCCAUAUAGCUAACAGUACACAGGCGUCGGAUGCAAGCACGGGCUCUCGCUACAAUGCUUUCUUGUGCCCAUUUUUAAUUCCUUGCAUUCUUACAAUUAUUUCCUGCUCUUGCUGUGACAGAAGCGUAUGUGUUUGAUCUCCUACCUGGACAGCUUCCAGGGCCAAACCUGCCGCACCUUAGCAACAGAGCGGUGUCAUUUGCCUUCCUUACCUGGCCUUCUGCAAGACUCCCGCCAAUCACUCUUUCAGAAUGCGCAUCUGUGCGCUGCUUCGAAGCCCGACCUAGCCACUGUGGUGUGCGCACUCAUGCCCCAAAAUGCGCACGAGGCCCUUGUCUUUUCGCAGCACUCUCAUUCACAGAAUACAUACAGCCAGUUUCUUGCCCAUGUGCCCCCAAAGGGUUGCUAACUCUGGGUUGGGAGAUACAGGGAGAUUUCGGGGGUAGAGGCUGGGGAAUGAAGGGUUGUGGGGGAGCAUCCAACCAGGUUAUGAUGCCAUAAAGUCCACUUCCAAAGCGGUCACUUUCUCCAGGGGAACCGAUCUCUGUAGUCUAGAGAGAAGUUAUAAUACUGGGAGAUCUCCCAAUCCCACUGGAAAGUUGGCAACCCUUGCCCAGUGCGCUUGCGCAAGGUCACCUCUUGUGUGAUUGCUCAGUAUUUUUAUACUCUUUGUGCAAAGUCAGUUGUUUGUUUGUGCAAGGUUGCUUGUGCAUAGCACAGAUACUAUUCUCUCUAAUGAACAUGCUGUGUGUGUGUGUUGGGGGGGGGGACUUUUAUACCCUUGCUAAUUGACUAUCAAAGUCCUCUCUUUUGCUCUUUGAUGAAGAUCCCCCCCCCCCCGAAAGCCUCAUUACAAACCGUGCAUCCUUUGGAGAGAAGGGUGAGUGAAUGGGAGUCCUCUCGCUAGGUGCAGCCCCAAACUUGUGUCACUGUAAACACUGGAUAUAUCAACACUGGAGCUUCUGUGUUGUCAAAACUACUGAUCUUUUGUUUCAUUGUUCUUCCACAGCUUUUUUUUUGGGGGGGGGGGUCUGCUUCAAAGGGGAACAAAGCAGGUGGACUUGAAAGGUGGGAUGGGGCAGAAUUUUUAUUUUGGAAACCCUUUUCAGCUCCCACUGUCUGAAAUGAUAUGAAAAAUCACCCGCUGCACUUUGGUGGAAACUGACAUCACGAGAGGAACGUUCAAGCCAAAACUGUGAAGCUGUUUCCAUUGGCGCUUCCUGUGAAGUGAAAUAUCAGCAGUGGAAUCUGUCUUCAAGUGAAAGAGCCAGUAGCCAUUAUAGUGUUGAACUAGGAUGUGGGAGAGCCAGCUUGGGGCUCACACCCGCCAUUUUGCCAGAAAGGUGGCUGGGAUAACCUCUGCCACAGUUGCCGUCUCUUAGCGCAGCCCACCUCACAGGGUCGUUGUGAGGAUAAAAAUGCGGAAAGCACAGCCGUGUGUUCUGCCCUGAGGUCCUUGGAGAAAGGGUGGGAUAAAACUGCUCUAGGAAAGUGCCAGUACUCUUCGCUGGGAUGUGUAAGGAAAACAAGCUUUGAAGCACGAGCUUCUAUCUCACAUGUGAGCAGCGACAACCAGUUCCCAUGUACAUGGCAUUAGAGAGGGUGGGGUAAGAGAGAAGUAUAUCAGGGUGUGUUAACGUCAAAGCGUGUGACUCUCAGGCGGGCGUUUAAGGAAAGCAAGACUGCACAAGGAUCCCUCGCCUUCCUGGCGGCCAUUCUGAAUUGAGAAAAGUUGGCACCCAGUUCCCCAGGACUCGUAUCAGAAAGGGCUGGCUUCGGGAGUGCUACUUGGGUGAGCAGCUAAACUGGAUGGGGCCUGUCGUUCCCAAGAAGCUAUUUGGUUUUAUGCAGGAAUUGGGAAGAAUGGCUGCCUGCCACCGUUUAAUUCAAAAUAGCUCUUCUAGAGGUCUGACUCAGGAGAUCAUACUGAAAGCCGCUUUAGAUUUUGGGACCUUGAAAAACGGAAGUUGACUGGCAGUAGAUUCAGAGUUGACAUAAGGAAAUGCUUUUUACCUCAGUGAGGGAUUGAAAUGUGGAUUUUGCGGCCAGAGGCUGUAGUGAUGUUCACAGGCACAGACACCUUUAAAAGGGGAUUACACAGAUUCAUGAAAGAUAGGUCUAUUGGCAGCACCUAGCCAUGGGGAUUAAAGAGAAUCUCCACUUUCAGAGGCAGAAAACCUCUGAAUACCAGGGUAGGGAGGUAACAUCGGGGAAGGCCUUGGCCUCUAAGCCAUGUUGUUGGCCCUCCAAAGUAACAGGCUGACCACUGUAUGAGACCACAUGGUAAAUUAUAUGGACCAGUAAUGUGAUCCUGCAGGGCUCUUCUUAUGUUCUUACAGGUGUUAGUUUUCAAGGCUUGCAGCUGAACACCUGUUAGUAAACACUGGAUUUCUGAAGGGGGAUCUCCGAUCUCAUACCUAGACAUGAUUCCUCUCCAUCAUUCUAUGGUGUCGACAAAUACUGCACAAAAUGGGUCCCUCGACUUUGUCAGGUCUGUUGGAGCUGUAGAAGAAUCUCCCUUAGAAAGGGAACAAACCUUCAAAAACGUUUUGCUUCCGCAGUCAAGGUAACUAGGGUUACAUUAACCAUGCAGUUAGUCUCACAGGUAAAAACCACUCCAGAUCUGCCCUCUGGCCUUCUCCCAGCUGUACGUAUUAAAUUAUUAAGACUGUAUCUAUCUAUAGCAAUGUGUGUAUAUAUAUAUAUGUAUAUUGUUGCUCACUGGAAUUUAUCACUGCUUAUGGUACUGGAGGUCCUGAGUCAUUGUGCCUUGGUUGUAAAUAAGCUUGAGUGAUUAUUUUAUAAAUAAAAAUGAUUCCAAUUUGUAA